AACCACCAGAGAAUUCUUAGGUUGUGGCAAGGGAUGUGGCUGCAUUUCUCUGAAACUUUUGGAGCGAAUGAAACCCAUCGCAGAUCUACAUAGCACAUUGUGAUAGCAGCCCAUACAGAACCUUGAUUUCUUCUUCCAAGAAAGUAGAUAGCAUGCUACAUCAGGAAAAUACUUGGACCUCUCUGUCCAUUACAAUGCUAACAUUCCUGAUUUUGAAACCAUCGAAAUCAAACUGUUUACCCAACUUGAAGCCAAAUAUUGUUCUUUUACUAGCAGAUGAUCUUGGUAUUGGAGACAUAGGUUGCUAUGGUAACAGUACAAUAAGGACACCAAAUAUUGACAGGCUUGCAAAAGAAGGAAUAAAAUUUACUCAGCACUUAGCUGCAGCUUCCGUUUGUACCCCCAGCAGAGCUGCUUUCUUAACUGGAAGAUACCCUAUUCGAUCAGGCAUGACUUCUUAUAAUGGCCUUCCUGUUCUUCAAUGGACUGCGACAUCUGGAGGCCUCCCUUCCAAUGAAACAACCUUUGCAAAGAUACUACAAAAAGAAGGCUAUACUACUGGACUAAUAGGAAAAUGGCACUUGGGACUCAAUUGUGAAUCCAGAAUUGACCACUGUCAUCAUCCAUUGAACCAUGGUUUUGACUUUUUUUAUGGAAUGCCGUUUUCCUUAAUGGGUGAUUGUGAAUAUUCUGUAUUAUCUGAGAAGCGUGAAAAACUGGAGAUGAGACUUAACUUUUACAUUCAGAUCAUAGUCCUAGCUAUAUUCACAUUUACCAUUGGUAGAUUCACUGGUCUAUUUCCAGUUCCAUGGAAGAUAACCAUAGGCAUUGCCAUCAUUGGUUUCUUAUUUUUCCUGACACAGCACUUCCUUUAUAUCUUGAUUAAGUAUGGGGAUUGUUUCCUGAUGCGAAAUCAUACUAUUACUGAACAACCAAUGAAUUUCAAAAGAACUACUUACCUUAUUCUGAAAGAAGCACUUUCAUUUAUUGAAAGGAACAAGCACGAGCCUUUCCUUCUCAUCAUUUCCUUCUUACAUGUGCACACACCGCUUGUUACUACAGAGAAGUUUCUCCAAAGGAGCAAACAUGGAUUAUAUGGUGAUAAUGUAGAGGAGAUGGACUGGAUGGUGGGUGAAGUGCUUGAGACUUUAGACAAUGAAGGUCUGACCAAAAGUACACUAGUUUAUUUUACUUCUGACAAUGGUGGGUCCUUAGAGUCUCAAAUAGGAAGUGAACAGCAUGGUGGCUGGAAUGGAAUAUAUAAAGGAGGCAAAGGCAUGGGUGGCUGGGAUGGUGGCAUUCGGGUCCCAGGAAUAUUGCGGUGGCCUGGAGUCUUACCAGCAGGUCGUGUGAUUGAUGACCCAACAAGUCUGAUGGAUAUCUACCCAACAGUGGCUCAUUUGGGAGGUGGUGAAGUGCCCCAAGAUAGAGUGAUUGACGGCAGAGACCUGAUGCCUCUGCUGCAGGGAGAAGUUCAUCAAUCCGAUCAUGAGUUCAUGUUUCAUUAUUGUCUAUCAUAUUUGCAUGCAGUUCGUUGGCAUCAAAAGGACAGUGGUAUAGUGUGGAAAGUACAUUAUAUGACCCCAAUAUUCCACCCAAAGGGUUCUGGUGCCUGCUAUGGAAGAGGAGUUUGCCCCUGUUUUGGAAAGGGUGUAAUUCACCAUGACCCACCUUUGUUGUUUGAUCUCUCAAAGGAUCCUUCUGAGGCUCACCCCCUUUCACCUGACACUGAGCCCUUAUUUGCUUUAGUAAUUGAAAAAGUAGAACAUGCUGUACAAGAACAUCGGGCGACACUGACACCAGUUUCGGAGCAACUCAGCACUUUUAAUAACAUGUGGAAACCAUGGCUUCAGCCAUGUUGUGGCACAUUCCCAUUGUGCUGGUGUGAUUGGGAAGAGGACCAUAAAUAAGAAAAUAUUGGAAACGUAGAAGUUACAAAAGUCCCUGAUUCUUCACAUGGGAUGCAUAUGGAGAGCCACUGUAAAAUUACCUAUGUAAAAAUGUGAUAGCCAAAAUAAAAUGUAGUAUUUUUAAAAUAUCCACUAAUUAAAUUCUUAAUACUAUAGAACUUAUAACAUUGUCCCAUAGGACAAAUAAUCAGAAAACAAACAAAUAUAAGAAAUAACAAAGUAAAAACAAAUUAAAAAAAAAAAAAAACCUUCUCUUUAUACUUCUAAAAGCUAGAGCACGGCCAACAGAGUCUCAAGGAUAGAGUUUAAUAUAUGGAUUCUGAAUUUAGUCUGUCCCAGUCCUUAGAGCCAGAAAAAGUUUCUCAGUGUUUAUAACAGUCUACAUUCUCUGUUGAUUAUUUCCAAUUUAUUUUGUUUGUAUAUAGUCGUUUUCAUAUUAUUUUCCCCAUUUAGACUGUGAGCUCCUUGGGAACAAGGGCUGGUUUUUAAGUGGGUUAGGUUUUGGUUUUUUUUGUUUUUGUUUUUUUGCACUCUAGAACCCAGCAAAGUGCCUGGCAUUUUGUAUUCACUUAAUAAAUUUUUGCUGACUCAGUGA